GAGUGAGAUACACAAUAAAUGUUUGAGGCAGUUUGUUUUAAGUGCUUUCGAUAUGGCUCGUGAAAUACAGAUCACUCCUAAACGACUAGAAUAUGCCCGAAAUGUCGAAUUACAGUUAUAUACAACUUUAAUGAAUAUUGCCUGUGAGAAACAAGAAGAAAUAGUAACAAUAAUUCAAAAAACACUUUUGGAAAUGAAAUCAAAUGUGGCUGAGGUGUUGGAAGGAUAUAACCAGACAGAUAUUGACCAAAACCGAAUUCCAAAAUCAACUACUAUAGAAAUUCAACAACUGGUAUUGAGAAAAUUGACCAAAUCCGUAGCUACUCAAAUAGUGCAGUCAGUGGGAUGCUUGCAUGAUAGUUUUACAGGAACUUUGCAAAGAUGUUUAGAAUCAUUGGAGAAAAAUUGUCAUGAUUUGGAAGGAAACGUCUCUGCUUCUGAUGCUGUUAGACAGAUAGUUAGAGCAGCCUACAAUAUCGAUCUAAACUAUUCUUCCUCAUUUUCUGUUCUGCAUAUAGUAAUGGAUCGUUUGAGAACGUUUUUGUCCACUUUUAUUCUGUCUUGGUCUUCCUCAAGUCAAAAUCAGUGCAAUUUUCAGUGGCAACUACACAUCGCCACCAAAAUGAUUGAUAAGCUUAGUGCUUUAAAACUUGCCAAAACAAUUUCAUUGCAGGAAAUGCCCUUUUUUGAUUCAAUCUGCAACCGAUGCAAUUGUUUAGUUAAAAUUACUUAGUUUUUCUUCUAUUAACUUAUUUUCUUGCCAUUUUUUCAAAAUUUCAUGUUCGUAACAAAUUCUUCUUUAU